GAUGGGAAAAAAAAAAGGAAGAACGAAAAAAAGAAAAGUCAAUGAUGAAUUGAAUGCUUUCUCCCUAAUUUAUUUAUCUUCUUCUUCCUCUGCCCUCUUCGUCGAUCUUGCCCGACCAAUCUCGGGUCUUAUGAAAUUGAUACGGCAAAAGAAAAAGGAAGGUGUGAAUUUUUCUAGAUUUUAUUAGCCACCAGAUAUAAUCCAGCAUCACCCAAUCAAUUAUGCGGUAGCGUUUUGGUAUGAUUGAUGCUCGAAAGAGCAUGAUUUAAACCAAAAACCAAAAACCAAACUGGAUGGCUAGAGACGCUUGUGUUUUGAGAAAAAAAAAAAACCUCUCUCCGACAUGAAGAGUCUCCUCGACCGGCGAUCCUCCAACCAGAUCUCCUCCUGAAAAGACGCUCUACUUUCCCACUAUUGUCCAGUCGGUUUCACAUUUGCAACUUCUCUUCGCUAAUGCUGGGACUGCUGAAUCAGUUUAAGCCAACAUUUUUGGGGACUGCUGAUCCAAAUUUCGAGCUCAGCAAGCUAACACUCAGAAGUGUGUGUACGUGCUGGUGGAGAACACAUUGAUCUCGAUGAUGUGGGGGCGGGGGGUUGGGAGCUUUUAACAAAGGUCUACGGGCUACCAACUGAUCGAAUUUACUCUACCUAUUUUGAGGGUGAUGUGAAAGCUGGUCUUCAACCUGAUAAUGAAGCUGGAGAUAUAUGGCUUAAAUUUCUUCCAUCUGGACGAGUUAUGCCCUUUGAUUGCAAAGACAACUUCUGGGAAAUGGGAGACACUGGUCCAUGUGGACCUUGUACUGAAAUACAUUAUGACCGUGAUGCUGCAUCCUUAGUUAACAAGGAUGAUCCAACUUGCUUAGAAAUAUGGAAUCUUGUCUUUAUUCAGUUUAACAACUCUGGAAAAGUUGGUGCUGACGAUGUUGACAGAGUUGGCACGGCAUAUAGAGUGGUCGCUGAUCCUAUUAGAACUCUAUUAAUUGCUAUUGUGAAUGGAUCUCGGCCUGGUAGCGAGGGUCUUCAACAUGAUCUGAGGAGUAUUCUUCGUGGAGCGGUUCGAUAUGGAAAAGAUAUUUUAAAAGCCGAGGAAGGGUAUUUCAACGACUUGUAAGUUCUGUUAUUCGGGUGAUGGGCGAUGUCUUUACUUUACGGAGUUAAAGGAACAUGAAAAGAAGAUCACAGAGAUUAUAAAAGAAGAGGAAGCAGGCUUUUGCAUAACCUUGGAAAAAAGGUGGUGGCUAAAUUUAAGCUCCAUCAAACCUUUACCUUUCUCUUAUUUUGAAACCUGGGAUAUUCUGGCUCUUUGAACUAAUGUCUUAGAAACAACUCCUUAGCUUCAAGUUCAAGGAAACUUUGUAUUUUAGAAUAUACUGUUAUUGGUUUCAACAUCAUUUCGGUUUAAUGUAUAUUUGGACAUGAUUCCA